GUGGGCAGGGUGACGGACAGCUGUCAUGGCCGCCUCCUUGAGAUGCCGGUUUGAAGUGAUGAGCGGAGUGCUGUGCAGGACAUGGAGCUCGGCCGGGGGGCGGAAGCGGCGCUGUGUCCUGCCCUGGUCCCGGGCACACUUGUAUGGAGCAGUGAGGGCAGCUAGCCGCUCCGUGUGUAUGGAGCUGGGGGGCAGGAAGUUGGAAAUAGCUUCGGGGAAGUUAGCCCGGUUUGCAGACGGAUGUGCUGUAGUAAAGCUCGGUGAUACAUCUGUAAUGGUAACAGCUGUGAGUAAAACAAAGCCGUCUCCAUCUCAGUUCAUGCCGUUGGUGGUUGACUACAGACAGAAAGCUGCCGCUGCAGGAAGGAUACCUACAAAUCAUCUGAGAAGAGAACUGGGCUCAACUCCACAUGAAAUUCUAACCAGCAGAGUUAUAGAUCGUUCAAUUCGGCCUCUAUUUCAUGCCGGUUAUUUUUAUGAUACACAGAUCCUGUGUAACUUAUUAGCAGUGGAUGGGAUCAAUGAACCCGAUGUCUUGGCAAUAAAUGGAGCCUCCGCUGCACUGGCGUUGUCGGAUAUACCUUGGAAUGGGCCAGUAGGAGCUGUUAGAAUUGGCCUGAUCGAUGGAGAGUUUAUUGUUAACCCUAGCAGAAAAGAAAUGUCAAGCAGUUUAUUGAAUCUGGUAGUUACUGGGGCUGCCCAAAACCAAGUAGUCAUGCUUGAGGCGGCAGCAGAGAAUGUUCUACAGCAGGAUUUGUGUCACGCUGUUAAACUGGGAGUGAAGCAAACAAGUCAAAUAAUCAACUGCAUACAGCAAUUAGCAAAAGAACAUGGGAAGCCAAAGCGCGCUGUACAGAAAAUGUACACCCCUCCUGAGGAGAUUGUAGAGACUGCAAAGACGCUUGCAUCAGAGAGGCUAUAUGCAAUUUUUUCAGAUUUCACACAUGAUAAAAUCUCUAGAGAUGAAUCUGUGAAUAAGGUCAGGCUUGAAACGGAGGAAGUGCUGAAAGACAAAUUCCCAAGUGCAGAUUCGUUUGAUGUAAUUGAGGCUUUCAAUAUCGUUGCUAAAGAAGUUUUUAGAAACAUCAUACUAAACGAGUAUAGAAGGUGUGAUGGCAGAGACUUAACAUCCCUCAGAGAUAUCAGCUGUGAUGUCGAUCUGUUUAAACCGCUCCAUGGUUCUGCUUUAUUCCAGCGGGGGCAAACUCAGGUUUUAUCUACGGUUACCUUUGAUUCUAUUGAGUCCAGUAUGAAGGCUGAUCACAUUACAACAGCAUUAAGUGGUGUGAAAGACAAGAACUUUAUGCUGCAUUAUGAGUUUCCUCCAUAUGCUACAAAUGAGAUUGGAAAGGUCAUGGGAAUGAAUAGGAGAGAACUUGGUCAUGGUGCGCUAGCAGAGAAAGCCUUAAAGGCAGUGAUACCGAAAGAUUUUCCUUUCACGAUAAGAGUAACGGCAGAAGUACUGGAGUCCAAUGGCUCCUCAUCCAUGGCUUCUGCUUGUGGCGGUUCUUUGGCUUUAAUGGAUGCAGGGGUACCUAUUUCUGCUCCGGUUGCUGGUGUUGCAGUUGGUUUAAUAACAAAGUACAGCCAAGAAAAACCUGAAGAAAUGGAGGAUUAUCGCAUACUAACUGAUAUAUUAGGCAUAGAAGAUUACUUGGGUGACAUGGAUUUUAAGAUGGCUGGCACUAGCAAAGGUAUAACCGCUUUGCAAGCAGAUAUUAAGAUCCCAGGAUUACCGCUGAAAGUUGUCAUGGAAGCUAUCCAGCAGGCUAGUGUUGCGAAAAAAGAAAUCCUGCAGAUCAUGAAUAAAAGACUCUCUAAGCCGAGAGAAAACCGGAAAGAGAACAGUCCUGUAAUUGAAACUGUCCAAGUACCCUUAUCCAAGAGAACCAGAUUUGUUGGGCCUGGAGGAUAUAAUUUAAAAAAACUUCAAGCAGAAACAGGGGUAACCGUUAGUCAGUUAGAUGAAGAAGUGUUUUCCGUUUUUGCGCCAACACCUAGUGCCAUGCAAGAGGCCAGGGAGUUCAUCAGUGACAUCUGCAAAGAUGAUCAAGAUUUUCAGUUAGAGUUUGGAGCCAUAUAUACAGCCACCAUAACAGAAAUAAGAGAUAUUGGCGUGAUGGUAAAGCUGUACCCAAAUAUGACUCCGGUUUUGCUUCAUAAUUCACAGCUUGAUCAUCGAAAAAUACAACAUCCAAAUGCAUUGGGUUUUGAAAUUGGUCAGCAGAUCCAGGUAAAAUACUUUGGCCGUGAUCCGACUGAUGGUAGAAUGAGGCUGUCCAGAAAAGUUCUGCAGUCCCCGGCCAGCACUGUGACCAGGACCCUGAGUGACAAGAACAGUAUUACCAUGGGCGGAGCAAACUCUUCAGCGUCACCAUAGACAUAACCUGUGUAUCCGUGACCCCACUCUGUAUAUUCUGUAUAUAAAUUAUUUUAAAUACUGGAUAAAUAUUUGAUACAGUGUCAAUAAAUGGCGUGUGAUUCCUUUCU